GCUGAGCAGGAUGCGGGGCCGCGUGGCAGGGAGCUGCGCUCCCCUGGGCCUGCUUCUGGUCUGUCUCCAUCUCCCAGGCCUCUUUGCCCGGAGCAUUGGUGCUGUGGAGGAGAAAGUUUCCCAAAACCUGGGGACCAACUUGCCUCAGCUUGGACAACCUUCCCUGACUGGCCCCCCUAACUCUGAACAUCCUCAGCCCGCUCUGGACCCGAGGUCUAACGAUUUGGCAAGGGCUCCUCUGAAGCUCAGCGUGCCCCCAUCAGACGACUUCCCACCUGCAGGAGGCUCUGCAGUGCAGAGGUGGCCUCCGUCCGGGAGGCUGCCUGCCGUGUACUCCUGGCCCCCUGAGGAUCCUUGGCUGAUGAUGGCUGCUGCGGCUGCGGACCGCCUGGGGGAAGCGCUGCCCGAAGAACUCUCUUACCUCUCCAGUGCUGCGGCCCUCACUCCAGACAGUGGCCCUUUGCCUGGGGAGUCUUCUCCUGAUGCCACAGACCUCUCACCCGAGGCUUCACACCUCCACCAGGACUCGGAGUCCAGACGACUGCCCCGUUCUAAUCCACUGGGGCCCGGGGGAAAAAUCCUUUCCCAGCGCCCUCCGUGGUCUCUCAUCCACAGGGUUCUGCCCGAUCACCCCUGGGGGACCCUGAAUCCCAGUGUGUCCUGGGGAGGUGGAGGCCCUGGGACUGGUUGGGGAACGAGGCCCAUGCCACACCCUGGGGGAAUCUGGGGUAUCAAUAAUCAACCCCCAGGUACCAGCUGGGGAAAUAUUAAUCGGUAUCCAGGAGGCAGCUGGGGGAAUAUUAAUCGGUAUCCAGGAGGCAGCUGGGGGAAUAUUAAUCGGUAUCCAGGAGGCAGCUGGGGGAAUAUUCAUCUAUACCCAGGUAUCAAUAACCCAUUUCCUCCCGGAGUUCUCCGCCCUCCUGGCUCUUCUUGGAACAUCCCAGCUGGCUUCCCUAAUCCUCCAAGCCCUGGGUUGCAGUGGGGCUAGAGUACAUAGAGGGAAACCCAACAUUGGGAGUUAGAGUCCUGCUCCCGCCCCUUGCUGUGUGGGCUCAAUCCAGGCCCUGUCAGCAUGUUUCCAGCCCUAUCCCCACUUUUCAAUGCCUCCCUUGCUCAUCUCCAAUAAAAUAAAAGCAUUUAUGGAA